ACACUCUUCUUGGAGAGGCUAUUUGAACUUCUGCUUGUCGAUGGCAUUCUCUGAAGGUGAUUUUGAGAAAGGGAAGAAGCUCUUCGUUCAAAGAUGUGGACAGUGUCACACCGUUGAGAAAGGUGGUCCACACAAAGUAGGACCCAAUCUAAAUGGUUUGUUUGGACGUAAAACUGGUCAAGCUCCUGGGUAUACCUACACUGCUGCCAACAUUAGUAAAGGUAAUCUCCAAAAGCCUUUGUUUGUUGUUAUUUUUUACUUCACUUCAAUAGAAAGAUUAAAGUGAAUAGGUCAUUGGUUAAGUUUACAGGGAUCAUAGUUCGCAGAGACAGAUCAAUAGUUUCCCACAACAUAUAGAAGUGCGGAUUCAUCAACGAAACAAACAGAAAGUUUCUUGAGUCUGAACCUUAUCGAUAGGUGCGUUGCUAGCUUUCGCAAGCUUCAACAGCUACCAUAUAAUCCAUUAUUCGUCACAAUCGUAUUAGUUCAGUAAUCUCAAAAGGUGACUUGUUCGCAUAAUGGGGUUCAGAUUUUUCACUCGAGACAUGGACAGUUCCAAAUCAUUAUCGAAUUUUCCGUCACAUAGCAUCUUGUUAUGAAAAUCUAUUCUUUUUCAGCACCACUAAAAUACUACUUUCUUGCUAACCUUCCUAAUUUCUAUCCAUUUAUCCAAAUUGUAUCAACUUUGACUAAUGCAUAUCUGUGAUCGUUCUGACUUUUAAUACGACUGCCCCCUGGGAUUAUGUCUAUGGAACUGAGUUCGCUAUUCCUCGACAUGUAGUGGAAGAAGUAGGUUUUUUUUCGGGUUGAUAUCUUCGUGCUGGAUACGGUUCAUCCAGAAUGAUAUGGUCCAGUGACCAUUCGUGUCGUAGGAUAGAAACUAUAGGUGGUCCUGUUGCGGUCCUGAUAUCUCAGCUUAAAUAUUUCCACUUUUAUGUUGACAUGGUUUCUUUCGUCUUUAUUCCAUUCCAAACGUAACUUCCGAUGUCUAAAUUUUGCAUGACUUAAUUUUAUUUUAUUUAAACACCAAAUGAAUAUGCGCCACACAAAUCAUUCGGUUUGUGUGAAGGCUAGGAUACUCUCCGGGUGCCCACACCGAAGCAGAUGGUUCUCCUAGGGAGCCACACCCAAGCCUUUGACCUAAAGGUCUAAUCCACAAGGCAGUGGAGCAACGUAAGGAGAUGUAGUUCCAUGGUAACUGGUGACCAACUAUACGUUCGUACGCCAUUUAUUCCCUCAGGAUUCUGGAGCCCAUAUGCACUAUCAGUUUGUAAUCAGGGUUUUCCAACUCCCGUGUUCAACUCCGUAUCCACCGACCCGGUUGAAGCGCCGGACAUACGCUAUUAGUCCUCUCAAUUUUGUAAACUACACCGCCGCGAGAAGGCAGUGAGUAGGACUUCCCUGACAGUGGUUGUAUGCAUGUGGACAUGUGAGAGCAUUUUGAGAGAGAGAAUUGACUCUCCCCACUUUCGGCCGUACCAGGGCAUGACUUCCUAAUCAUGAUAUAAUAUUUUCUUUACCGAAUUAUAAUCUCCUGAUUCCUCGUUGUCUCUUUUUUCUCUUCCCAAAUUUAUUUCACUGGAUUGUACUCUUUAAAUAACAUCUACAAACCCUACUCUUUCCGAUUACUGCUUAUACUCUUACUACCUCUACCACCACGGGAUUUGAAUCGACAACUUCUCUGUGCAAAUGUGGUAUGGCAACUCGAACUGAUGUACGUACGUACGAAGUUCUACGUUGUUACUGACUGACUGUUAAAACUGCCCUUUGAUUGAUGAUGCCUAAUCACUUGUAUUUUAUAGACCCAUUCGCUGAUCCAACAGAUUUUAUUCUUAUGACUUCUAGUUACUAGUACAUUAUGUCCGUCUAGGCUGUGUAUAAAAGAUUGGUAGCAAGCUAUUACGUACUAUAACAAUCUUCUGUUCACAAACCUGAACAAACAUUUAUCGUCAGUCUCCAAAGAUUAUCUGUGUUUUACGAAUAACUGGUAAUUUUCACUUAUGCAAACUUGUGAGAGAUUUUUUGCUAACAAUAUUAUUAUCGCAUAAACCAUCAAUACGGUUGCUAAUUCAUUUAAUAUUUCAUAAAGUAAGUCAAGUAUUUAAGGUGUAAAUAUGCUUUUUGCUUCUUUAUUUCAUGAACCACUAUUUCCACUUAUAUUAUCAAUUCUUUCAUUAUUGCUUAGGCAUCAUAUGGAAUGAGCAGACUCUAUUUGAAUAUUUGGAAAAUCCAAAAAAGUAUAUCCCUGGUACAAAAAUGGUGUUUGCUGGUUUAAAGAAGGAAGCUGAUCGCAAUGAUAUUAUUUCCUACCUUAAAGAAGCAACAAAAUAAGAAUAUUCUAAAUAUCUGACUCCUAGAUUUAACUUCGUUGUAGCAGUUCUUUAAUUAACUAAAUGUGUAUAGAAUCAUAAAACCUGAGCUUCCAAGUACGUGAAAAUGAAUACUCUUGGCUGUGUAUUUCUGAUCUAUUCUGAGGUCAAUAUACUAUGAUAAUUCAGUUUCUGAGAUUUUUGUAAAAUUAAUACUAGUGAAAACAUAUUAACAUAAUAAUGAACUGUUCAUCUUAUUUCUUCCGUGUAUUCGGAUAUAAUAAGCUUCAAAUGUCCUUAUUGCUAUUAUACUGUUUGCCAAUAGUU